AUGGCUUUGACCAACGAUGCUCAACCUUUCCGCUUCAUGGAUUUGCCUGGAGAGAUCCGCAACAAAGUUUAUGGUUUUCUUCUCUGCGCGUUCGAUGAAGCGCCUGAAGAGUAUGAUCCGGGUGACUACUUGCUAGCGUGCCCUACCCGCAACUUCACCUUCGUUACCCACUCUGUCGACACCGCCAUACUUUGUACCAACAGUAAGAUCCACCGUGAGGCCUACGACUUCAUGGUCAAGACCAACCGAUUCGUUCGAGUCAGCUGCCUUCGCGGCUUACCUAUUAUAACAAUGUUGCGGAUCCAUCGAGUGCCUGUCGUUACUGUCCAACGCUCCCUAGAGCAUUUUAAAGGGUUGCCUGCGUGUUCUGGCCUUUUCAAUGAUUUACCACCAAUGAGCGCAAUGAUGCUGGCCUGUGACCUCGGAAUAUUCUGCAAGAGCAUUUCAUUUGCUCUACAAGCGUUACCAGCGUAUAAGAGCGGUGGAAAACUCGAAAUCGAUGUAGGGCCUGUGUGCGCACAGCCGAGCGUCAGAUACAAAGACGACUUGACAGACUUCUUCUCGGAUACCACACAGAAGGUACUACUGAACCCUUUGCGCACCCUCAGAAACCACAAGAUCGUUGAAGUACGUGGUUCUGUAUCGAAAGAACUGGCAGCCGCUGUCAAGAAGGAGAUGGUUGCGGAAGAUUGGAAGAAUCCCACUGAGAUUCUGAAAGCUUUAACCGCCAAGAAAGACCAAGGAAUGGAAAUGUAUCAUCAGAACGACUUCCCCAUGGCCACUGAAUUUUGGGUGUCAACCGCAAUGGAAAUCGAAAGCCUUCGCAGAGGCCCACUAUGGAGCCAGAUGCUACUGAUGGGUGGCGAGCAAUUUCUUAAUGAAAUUGCUGACCUGCAGUUCAGACUUGGCAUCAACCUGGCCCUGUCCACCAUCAGGGCGAUGAACAGUUUCUCACCAAUUACCCUGGAAAUUGAAAUCGACCUCGAGUCACUGAAAAUAAAAGCAGAGCAAGGAAUCAUAGUAUCGGCGACAUGCUCAGCUCCUGAUUACUGGCAGAAGGGGUUUACGUGGGAGUGCCCCGACGUGCUGCGAGCAAAGCUUUUGUAUCGCAAAGCCGUAUGCACCAGACUUUGGGGAGAGAAGAACGAGGCAGAUAGGGCUCUCGAACUCCUCCAUGACGCGUUGGAAUUGGUACCUGGUGACCCCCUGAUCUUAAGAGAGCUACAGAACGUCAUCCAGUGGUCUUCGGGUCACUAA